CCUCGAAGAAAAACGCCUCAAAAGAUUUUUUCCCCGACGAGUGUGAAGCGUUCGUGAUCCAGCUCGAUCGAAGCCGUUUUCUUGGCUCUAAUCUUUCCUUCUCUCCUUUCCUGGUCUCUUCCGUGUCCCUGCACACAUUCCUUCUUGUCACCACCGCGAGAACCGGAAUAUUCUAUACUCAAAGAUGAGUGACGAGUCGAACGGCGUGGCGGCGGAGAGAUAUGCCAUUGGUGUUUCCUUUGGUAACUCCACCAGCUCGAUUGCCCGCACUUCACCGGAGGGGAAGGCUGAGGUGAUUGCCAACGAAGAUGGAGACCGCCAGAUCCCUUCCAUUCUCUCUUACGUUGAGGGAGAGGAAUACCAUGGCUCCCAGGCCAAGGCACAGCUCGUCCGCAACCCCCAGAACACUGUCGCAUACUUCAGGGACUACCUGGGCAAGGAAUUCAAAUCGAUAGACCCGACCCCAAGCCACCAGUCUGCUCACCCCCAGGAGCAUUCCUCUACUGUCGCGUUCUCUAUCCGUGACAGCGCCAGCGAAGAGCCCAGCGUUGUCACUGUCUCUGAGAUCACCACCCGUCACCUUCGUCGCCUGCAGAAGUCUGCAGCUGACUUCCUCGGAAAGGAUGUCAACGCCGCUGUGAUUGCGGUUCCCACUGAUUUCACGGAUGCCCAGCGCGAGGCCCUGGUUUCUGCGGCCAAGGCCACCGGAAUUGAGGUGCUUCAGCUUAUCCACGAGCCCGUUGCUGCUGUGAUGGCCUACGAUGCACGCCCAGAGGCUGUUGUCACGGACAAGCUGGUCGUCGUCGCCGAUCUGGGCGGUACGAGAUCUGAUGUUGCCGUGGUUGCCUCCCGUGGAGGUAUCUACACCAUUCUAGCCACCGCUCACGACUACGAACUUGGCGGAGCCAACUUGGACCAGAUCAUCAUUGACCACUUUGCUAAGGAGUUCAUCAAAAAGCACAAGACUGACCCGAGGGAGAACCCCCGUGGACUGGCCAAGCUGAAGCUGGAGGGUGAGGCCACCAAGAAGGCUCUCAGCCUGGGUACCAACGCCACCCUGAGCAUCGAGAGUCUUGCGGAUGGCAUUGACUUCAGCUCUACCAUCAACCGCACCCGAUACGAGCUGCUGUCCGGAAAGGUUUUCGCCCAGUUCACUGGUCUUAUCCAGGAUGUUGUGAAGAAGGCCGAAUUGGAUAUUCUGGACAUCAACGAGGUCAUUCUCGUCGGCGGUACCUCUCACACUCCCAAGAUCGCCAGCCUGCUGCAGAACAUCUUCCCUGAGACCACCAAGGUUCUUGCGCCCUCGACAGACCCCUCUGCUAUCAACCCCUCCGACCUCAUCGCCCGUGGUGCGGCCAUCCAGGCAUCUCUCAUCCAGGAAUUCGAUGCCGAAGACAUUGAGCAGUCCAUCCACCCCAUGGUUACUGUCACUCCUCAUCUCAGCAAGGCCAUCGGUGUCCAGCUUGUGGCUGCGGAGGGUGACGAGUCCAUCUUCCGUCCUCUUAUUCCCGCCGAGACUGCUCUGCCGGCCCGUCGUGUCGCUCACUACGCAGUCCCCAAGGAGGGCGGCGACGUUCUGAUCCGUGUCUGCGAAGGUGCUCGUGAGAUCAAGGUCACCAAGCCCGAGCCUAAGCCCAAGGAGGAGAAGCCCAAGGACGAUGAGGAGGAUGAGGACUCUGACUUCGACUCCGACGAGGACGAAGAGGAGGAGAUCCGCGAGCUGGUCUGGAAGGCCGAGAAGCCCAUUGCCGAGUUCGCCAUCAAGGGCGUCAAGGCCGGCGGCAAGGUCGAGGUCAUGGUGAACAUCAACUCCGACCUGGGCAUCCAGAUCACCGCCAGAGAAGUCGGUGGAAAGGGAGGUGUCCGUGGUGCCGUCGAGUCCCCCAAGCCUACAGAGAACGAAUCCGCCUAAAAAAAGCUUCUGUCCCUCCCUGAAGAGAUAAUUAUGACUCGACUCGCCCUCUAAAAUUCUUACGCUGCGAUUGAAACGAUUUUCUAUAGAUCUAUUUCUUCUUGCCUAGACCUCCUCGCCUGCAUCUUUCCAUAUUUUUUUAUGCAGUCAAUGCUCUUCCUACUCAUCGCAUUAAACCCUUUGAACUUCCUAACUCCUGACUCUUAACGCCUGUAUGUACUGAUGAAUGAGAGACAAGGAAAAAGCUGAGUAUGUGAUCACGUUCAAUAUCAGAUUAUCGCCGUAGAAGAUGUACUUGUACAAUAACAUGGAGAGCGAGAGCGUACUUGUGCUAGUAUUCAACACUG